AUGGCAGUGAUAUCCGAGCUUGUUCGUAGGGUCAUAGUCGCAGGUGUAAUACCGAAAGUCAACGUGUUACGUUACUCUAAUGGGCUGAAUGACGUCACAAUGCGGUUCCAAAGCAGUUGUUCAAGUGAUGAUAGUGACAGUAAUAAGGAUCCUAACCCCGGAAGUCCCUCCUUGUAUGAUUGUCGCAAGUUAGGUCACAACCUUUCAGCCAAUAAUGUGUGUCCUCUUUUCAAAACUUUGGAAAACAUACCGACUGGAGUCUUCAGGAACUCUACAGGAGAGAUUCUCGGACGCGGUGCAGGCAAAUGCUGCCACUAUAAGAAUCCGGAAUAUUAUUCCUACCAUCAUAUGAGUUUCUAUGACCUCAACCUUGCUCUAAGACAAUACCGCAAGACUUCACCCAGUACUGAUAGGAAACCUAAUGUUUAUCGGCCACCCUGUUGA